UGUCUGUGUGUGGAGGGUGACAGCGACUUGUGCAGUCAGUCAGAAUAAUAUCGUCUGUCCUCUAGUGGCUGGUACUGGUAAUCUCGGUAUUAUUUCUUUCAAACUCCGGUUAAAGUCUGAAACUUGCUCGUUAAGGGAGAUAAUCACUAUACCACCGGGGACGUGUUUAUGUAAUUAUGGACUAAAUCGUUUAAGUGUACAUGCAAGUGACUCUUCUGUUGGGACUUUACCAGGAAGCAUCUGCUUAGAGGUGUGACAGAGCCUGACACAAGCGACUGGAGAACCACCUUCAGGCAAGAAUAAGCUCUGAGGUCAUAAUCUAAAAGGAUCAUUGAGAAGGGAACUUACUUGCCCGAUCUAUAAGAUGACAUUCUUGUUCAAGAAUCCGACGUGAUUAGGCAUCCUUCGCGAACAAUAGAAGUCAGUUCAUGAAGGAUAUAACUCACUAUAGAGCUGAGCCAAACCCCUUAUGACAGAGGAUCACACACUCUACACAACGCCUCGAAUCUUUUCCACAGGAAUUCGGUGCUAAUCCUUCGAACCCUCGGUCAUGUUUCAUGGAGGUGACUCCCCUGUGUCCCUGCGUGGGACCCCAGCGACGCUGGUGAUGCUGCUGGUGACGAUGACGGGUCCAGCAGCUGGGAAUAUCAUAGGCUUCGCCAUCCCCGACAUGGUCCAAUACGGCAGUUGUGCAGACGCUCAGACCAUCGAACGCCUUGACUUCCAGAACUUCAGCGGCGUCUGGUACCAGGUGGCAGACGUCCCCAACUCUUACGUCAAGGUGACGCAGUGUAGCCGGUCCGUGUAUAGUUGGGAUGGGAGGCAAUUUAACGUGAUCUCGGAGGGCUGGGACGACUUCGGAGACCAGAUUGACCAGAUCACCAGCAUCUCUCAAGUACAGCCAGCGAACCCAGACCAACCGCAUCCUUACCUCCAGAUUCGCUCUCCCAAUGUUCCACCUGUCCCGUACAACAUCAUCAACACCGACUACCUGAGCUUUGCCUGCGUGUACUCCUGCUUCGAGUUCCUAGGGGUCAAGGUUGAGAUUUAUUCCAUACUGAGCAGGACUUCAAAGGUGACGAAUGCGUCACUGGCUGCUUGUCACGUUUCGUUAGAGGCUCUGGGUGUGGAUGUGGCGAACCUGGAGCCUGUGCCUCAGGGUGACGAGUGCUGGUAUAACGACCCCAAGCAGCUGCUGGCUGUAGAGAGCAGCAGAGUCACAGAGUCGCAGACCAGCCAGAGUGAUGUUGCGCAGAUACGACCACAUCACCACCAUCACCACCACCACCAUCAUCCAGCCGUCUCUACGCUACCGACGACCAGAACGAAGAUUGGAUCUGAGAGCAGCGAAGGGAUGGAGCCUCAUAUCAACCAUGGUGAAGCCCCGAAGACAGAACCUCACCACCACCACCACCAUCACCACCCAGCGGUCUCCACACAGCCUAGUACUAGAGCCAAGACUGUAUCUUUGGACAGGGAAGUAAUGGAGUCACAGACCAACCACGCGGAAGCUCAGGGGACCGGACCUCACCAUCACCACCAUCACCAUCAUCAUCUAGCAGUCUCCACACUGCCGUUGACCACAGUGAGGACGCCUGAAGAUGUGACACCUGCCGCAAGUGAUCCAGAUGAAAAUUUGAUUGAGGACAUUGACGAAAUACUAAGUUUGAUGGUUGAAGAUGUGGACAAUGUUGAGGAAACUCACUCACACCAUGAAGCUGUAUCACCACCAGAGAAAAUUUCCCAAGCUGGCGAGGAUGCGAGAAAGGCUUUUGGUGGCAUCAGGACAGGAAAAGGUAACGCUGCAAUCCGUCCCUUGAAAUCGAACAUAAGUUUACAAGGGACCACAACUGUAGAAGCUGAGAAAAGAGGUUCAGAAUGCAAUAUCAAGACCCGCUCAGGUUGUUCUGAUAGCUCCACCAGAGGUCAGGCCCACGAACCUGGCCUCCGAGCUCAGUCACUCCCAAAGCCUACUACAAGACUAUGCACCAGUAUGACAGACGUGAAGGAGAAGACAGAGAGUGGAGAGGAGCCAGAGGACCCUGACAGCUGCGACGGUCACUCAGCUGCUGCUGCUCAGACGUACUCAGCAUGGAUGCUUAUCAUCUCGUCGAGUCUCGCUCUCUGGGCGAGAUAAGAGUGGUACUUUAUGGACAGCAUCACCACAGAUACCGCUCUUUGCUCUCAGCUUUGACUCAAGAGAUAGAUUUAAUACUUGUUAGCUACUGCGGACUCUAGUGAGUGCAGAUACUAAUGAGUAUAGGUUCGAUCAUUAGUGAGAAGAGGUUCGAGAAUUAGUGAGCAGAGAUUCAAACAUUAGUGAGUGUAGGUUCGAACACUAGCGAGUGUAGGUUCGAACACUAGCGAGUAUAGGUUCAAAUUCUAGUGAACACUGGUUCGAACACUAGUGUUUAUAGGUUCAGAUACUAUUGAGCACAGGUUCGAACACUAGUGAGUGCAAGUUCGAACACUAGUGAGUACAGGUUCAUAUACUAGUGAGCAAAGUUCGAAUACUAGUGAGCACAGUAUCGAACAUUAGUGAGUACAGGUUCAGGAGGUCACAAGAUAAUUCUGUAAUGUGUAAGUUGUUAUUUUGAACGCCUCUGUUCAAAAAAAUAUUGAACUAAAUUCAAUGUCAUUUAAUUUAAAUCAUGUGAGUCUAUUAGCUGAUAUCAAGAGCUCUCAACAUGUAUUAAUUUGCAUCCAGACAAAACUAGGACGCACUGCGUAACUGGGUCAGACAAAUGGAACUGUUUGUGCUUCAUUUGUGUUUUGUUUACUUGUCCAUUUGUGUAUGUGGAGGGGAAAGUGUUUACAGUGCCUUUUAACCUUUUUUUAACCUUCUUUUUAAUAUAAUCUACCCAUUAAAUAGCCUAACCUAA